CCCAUCGCGGCGGUUCCUCGUUACCGGUUCUUUCGUACCACAUCCUCCUCUGCUCUGGUUGACCACGGGCGCUCCUGCCGCCGCCGCCGCCGCCGCCUUGCUGCUUCUCAAAGCUGCCGCCGCCCCUGGGGCCAAGAGGUUUUAAAAUGGAAAAUUUUGAUGCAUCACUUAGUACCUAUUUCAGAGCAUUACUGGGCCCCCGAGAUACCAGAGUAAAAGGAUGGUUUCUUCUGGACAAUUAUGUACCAACAUUUGUCUGCUCUGUCAUAUAUUUACUAACUGUAUGGCUGGGACCAAAAUACAUGAAGAAUAGACAGCCGUUCUCUUGCCGGGGGAUUUUAGUGGUGUAUAACCUUGGACUCACGUUGCUGUCUCUCUAUAUGUUCUGUGAGUUAGUGAUGGGAGUGUGGCAAGGCAAAUACAACUUCUUCUGUCAGGGCACACGCAGUGCAGGAGAAGCAGAUAUGAAGAUAAUCCGUGUCCUCUGGUGGUACUACUUCUCCAAACUCAUAGAAUUCAUGGACACCUUCUUCUUCAUCCUACGCAAGAACAACCACCAGAUCACGGUUCUGCAUGUCUACCACCAUGCCUCCAUGCUGAACAUCUGGUGGUUUGUGAUGAACUGGGUCCCCUGUGGCCACUCUUAUUUUGGUGCCACACUUAACAGCUUCAUCCACGUCCUCAUGUACUCAUACUAUGGUCUGUCAUCUGUCCCUUCCAUGCGUCCGUACCUCUGGUGGAAGAAGUACAUCACUCAGGGACAGCUGCUUCAGUUUGUGCUGACAAUCAUCCAGACCAGCUGUGGGGUCAUCUGGCCAUGUGCAUUCCCUCUUGGUUGGUUAUAUUUCCAGAUUGGAUACAUGAUUUCCCUGAUUGCUCUCUUCACGAACUUCUACAUUCAGACUUACAACAAGAAGGGGGCCUCCCGGAGGAAAGAACACCUGAAGGACCACCAGAACGGGUCCGUGGCUGCUGUGAACGGACACACCAACAGCUUUUCUCCCCUGGAAAACAAUGUGAAGAAACCAAGGAAGCAACGGAAGGAUUGAAAUCAAAGAGCUGAAAACCUCAAACCACGUCAUCUGAUUGUAAGCACAAUAUGAGUUGUGCCCGAUGCUCGUUAACAGCUGCUAUAACUAGUCCGGCCUACAAUAGUGUGAUUCAUGUAGGACCUCUUUCAUCAGUUCAAAACCCCUAGAAAACAUACACAGAUUAUACAAGUAGGCAUAAGAUUUCUAACAUUUCUGGGCUCUCAUUGGCCCCUGCGCUAGACUGUGGAAAAGAGAGUAAUGUAGUAUAUGACACUGCUGUUGCCUUAUUAGUUAUAACAUGAUAGGUGCUGAAUUGUGAUUCACAAUUUAAAAACACUGUAAUUCAAACUUUUUUUUUAAUGUAGAUCAUGCAUGUGAUUGUAAAUGUAAAUUUGUACAAUGUUGUUGUACAGUAGAAAAACACACAUGCCUUAAAAUUUAAAAAGCAGGGCCCAAAGCUUAUUAGGUUAAAUUAGGGUAUGUUUCAAGUUUGUAUUCAUUUGUAAUAGCUCUGUUUGGAAAAUCAAAGACUGCAAUUUGUAAACUAACAUGUGACACGUAAUUUCAAGUGACUUGCAGAUGUGAAAUCAGAAACGGCACCUUCAGUUUUGUAAUAUUGGCUUUGAAUCAA